AUGUCAAAUAAUGAAGAUUACCUAAGUAAUCUCUUACUGGCUAUUCAAUCUGAAUUGCUGGGAUUAGCAACAUUAACAAAGCCUUUAAAUGAUUUUGGAAUAAAACACUGGCAAUCGUUUUCAAAGGACCCUUAUUUCAAUACUUCUGGAUUAUUUAUUGUUUCAGUUUAUUCGUUUCCUAUAAUCCUUAAUAGCUUAAUUACGCUGAUGUGGAUAUUGAAAGCAAUUGUUUCUCUAUUCGUACAAACAAAAAAACUGCAAUUAAAGCAAAAAAUUGACAGACAACGUCAAAAGAAGAAGAAAUAA